AUGUCAGACGAGGCUGCUGUUUUGAAAAGCUCCGGCACUACGCUGUCGGGGUCUUCUAAGCAAUUCAACGAUGAUAACGUACUUCUCAAAGCCCUGAACGAAAGAGAAGGUGAAGUCGGAAACAUCUUAUCGCAAUACUCUGAAGAACAGGCCAUGCUGAUGGGCCGCAACUAUGCUUUGAAGCACAACUUGGACCCUGAACUUUUUGGCAAGGCUGCCGCUGUGGCCAGAAGCCCCAGCGACUUCAACUCGAUGGAGUUUUUGAAUGAGGACGAGAAAGUUGCGCUCAUGAUGGAAAUGACACACAAGUGGCGUAUUCCAAGAAAGUUAAUUGAGGUCAUUGCUUUGGGUUCCAUGGCUGCCGCCGUGCAAGGUAUGGAUGAAUCCGUCGUCAACGGUGCCACCUUGUUCUACCCCAGUGCAAUGGGAAUCCCCGACAUGAAGAACUUCGACUUGAUCGAAGGUUUGAUUAACGGUGCUCCAUACCUCUGCAGUGCCUUCGUCUGUUGGUCUUCUGACUACUGGAACAGAAAGUUGGGCCGUAAGUGGGUCAUUUUCUGGACUUGUGCCAUUUCAGCUCUUACUUGUAUCUGGCAGGGGUUGGUUACCUUGGACUGGUACCAUUUGUUCAUCGCACGUUUCUGUUUGGGUUUUGGUAUCGGUGUCAAAUCCGCUACCGUUCCAGCAUACGCCGCCGAGACGACUCCCGCUAAGAUUAGAGGCUCGUUAGUGAUGCUCUGGCAGUUUUUCACUGCGGUCGGAAUCAUGUUUGGUUACGUCGCGUCUUUGGCUUUCUACUAUAUUGGUGACAAUGGCAUUGCUGGCGGCUUGAACUGGAGAUUGAUGUUGGCAUCCGCCUCUAUCCCCGCAAUCCUUGUGUUGAUUCAAGUACCUUUCGUGCCGGAGUCUCCUCGUUGGCUCAUGGGUAAAGAGAGACACACAGAGGCGUAUGAUUCGCUCAGACAAUUGAGAUUUAGUGAGAUCGAGGCUGCCCGCGACUGCUUCUACCAAUACGUUUUGUUGAAGGAAGAGGGUGCUUAUGGCGGAAAGUCUUACUUCACCAGAGUCAAGGAAAUGUUCACCAUCAGAAGAAACAGAAACGGUGCUUUGGGUGCCUGGAUUGUUAUGUUCAUGCAGCAAUUCUGUGGUAUCAAUGUCAUCGCUUACUACUCGUCUUCGAUUUUUGUCGAAUCCAACCUUUCUGAGAUCAAGGCCAUGUUGGCUUCCUGGGGUUUCGGUAUGAUCAACUUCUUGUUUGCUAUUCCGGCGUUUUACACCAUCGAUACAUUCGGCCGUCGUAACUUGUUGCUCAUGACCUUCCCGCUUAUGUGUAUAUUCUUGCUCAUGGCAGGAUUUGGUUUCUGGAUUCCAUUUGACACCAACCCUGACGCCAGAUUGGGUGUGAUCACGACUGGUAUCUACUUGUUCGCUUGUGUCUACUCUUCAGGUGAGGGUCCAGUUCCAUUUACAUACGCAGCUGAAGCAUUCCCCUUGUACAUCCGUGAUGUGGGAAUGGGAUUUGCCACAUCCACCACUUGGUUCUUCAACUUCAUUUUGGCCUUCUCCUGGCCAAGAAUGAAGAACGCCUUCAAGCCACAAGGUGCCUUCGGAUUUUACGCUGCCUGGAACAUUGUCGGUUUCUUCUUGGUGUUGUGGCUCUUGCCUGAGACUAAGGGUUUGACUUUGGAAGAGUUGGACGAGGUAUUUGAUGUGCCAUUGAGAAAGCACGCGCACUACCGUACCAAAGAGUUCUUCUUCAACAUUAAGAAGUAUUUCCUCAGACAAAACCCAACCCCAUUGCCCCCAUUCUACGCUCACCAGAGAAUGGCCGUUACUAAUCCAGAGUGGAACGAGAAGACUGAGGUUUCUUACGAAGAAAAGAUCUGA